AUGGACAGUAGGGCUCUUGGUUAUUGUGAAAGCGUGUUGUUUGUUUGUGCAUGGACUCUUGCUGUGUGUUUUACUAAACCCACACGUUGCGCAGGGGUGAGGAGUAGGAGUGUGGUCGAGGGAGAGUCUGUCACUCUGCACUCUCAUCUUUCUGAACUACAGACAAACUCUGAAUUAUCUUGGACAUUUAAAACUGGAAGUUCAUUUGCACCAAUAGCUCAGCACUUUAGAGGAGAGAUUACAACAGGCUACACUGAGAGAUUCAAAGACAGACUGCAGGUGGACAGACAGACUGGAUCUCUCACCAUCAGCAACCUCAACACAAACGACUCUGGAGUUUACCAACUACUGAUGAGGCACUACAAUAGAACUCUGUCUAAGUUCUUGGUCCAGCUAAAAGUCUACACUCCAGCCUCCACACCUGUCAUUAGCAACAUCACUCAGAGUCACUCAGUCAGUAAGAGCUGCUCAGUGCUGUGCUCUGUGGAGAACGGGAGGGAGGUCACCCUGUCCUGGCAGAGAGGGGGGGAGACACUGAACCACACCAGCAGCCCUGAUCUCAACACCAACCUGUCUCUCCCUCUGGAGAUAGAAGAGUACAACUCCACCUACAGCUGUGUGGCUGCAAACCCAGUCCAUCACUCAUUAACCAAACUCAGCAUGACUGAACUCUGUCCUCAUCUCCUACACCCCCAGCACCAGUCAAUAAAUCUCUACUAG